GGGCUGCCUGGUCUCAAAGGUUCAAAAGGAGAACCCGCUCCUUUUCAAGACAGCAUCAUAGGAAUGAAGGGGGAUCCUGGGCUGCCUGGACUGGAUGGAAUUGCUGGUCCAUCAGGAUACCUUGGAUCUCCUGGAGAUGCAGGACCCAUAGGACCACCAGGCUUACAAGGUCCCCCAGGCCCUGCUGGACUUCCUGGUCCAGACGGAAACAUGGGGUUAGGUUUCCAAGGAGAAAAAGGAGUCAAGGGGGAUGUCGGCCUCCCUGGCCCUGCAGGACCACCUCCAUCUACUGGGGAACUAGAAUUCAUGGGUUUCCCCAAAGGGAAGAAAGGCUCCAAGGGUGAACCAGGGCCUCAGGGGUUCCCAGGCAUGAGUGGCCCUCCAGGGUUCCUGGAGUCUGGAUCUGUUGGAGAGAAAGGAGAAAAGGGAAUCCUUGGUUUGCCAGGACCUAGGGGUCCCAUGGGUUCCGAAGGAGAACAAGGACAUCCGGGGAGACAGGGAAAGAAGGGGACUUCUGGUUUUCCAGGGAUUAACGGGUUCCCAGGAAUUAAGGGUGAAAAGGGUGGCGUUGGUCUGCGAGGCCCAGACAUUUUCACCGAUCCGGAUGGCACUGUGAUCUCAGGUUAUCCUGGAGACCCUGGUGUGCCAGGCCUCCCAGGCCCUAGAGGAGAUGAAGGCAUCCAAGGCCAACAUGGCCCUUCUGGCACCCCUGGCCUCCCAUCGUUAACAGGUCUUCCAGGUGCCCUAGGGCCUCGGGGAUUUCCAGGCCUGAAAGGAGACCAAGGAAACCCAGGGCGCACCACCUUUGGAGAUGCUGGCCUGCCUGGUAGAGUUGGUUUGCCAGGUUUACCAGGCUUACCAGGCCCAUCAGGCCCACCUGGUCGCACAUUUGAGACUGCACCCUUGCCUAACAUAGAGUCUGGGUUCCCGGGUCUCCGAGGAGAACAAGGUCCAAAAGGACAUCAGGGCCUCAAAGGAAUAAAAGGAGACUCUGGGUUUUGUGCUUGUGAAGGUGGGACGCCCAACAUUGGACCAAAUGGGGAACCAGGCCUGCCUGGGGCACAAGGUCUCAUCGGCCUCCCGGGUAUUAAAGGGGCUAGAGGAGAUCCAGGCUCUCGGGGUGCAUCUGGCCCAGCUGGGGCUCCAGGGUUAUUUGGAUCUAGAGGACACACAGGCCUCAAAGGAAAGAAAGGAGAACCAACCAUCAGUAGAGGACCAAAACGGCCAGGAGACAAAGGUGACGCUGGUCCUCAGGGGACUCCAGGUAUGGCAGGAGCUCCAGGCAAGGAUGGAAUACCAGGUUUACCGGGCCUCCCAGGCAUUCAGGGAGACAGUGGAUCUGGCUUCCAAGGUGAAAAGGGGUCACCAGGACUUUCUGGUAAAAAGGGCCUUGAUGGUCCAACUGGACCACCAGGAAUUGGGCUGCCGGGGCUUCCGGGCCCCCGUGGACUUCCUGGAGAUAAAGGAAUAGAUGGGUUACCAGGGCAACCGGGCCUCCGUGGAGCUCAAGGGGUAACCUUGCCUUGUAUUAUUCCUGGGUCAUACGGUCCAUCGGGAUUUCCUGGAGCUCCUGGAUUCCCAGGCUCUAAAGGAGCUCGGGGCCUCCCUGGAAUUCCAGGCAAGCCUGGCACUCAUGGAAGUAAAGGAGGGCCCGGAAGUCCGGGGUUAAUUCAUCUUCCAGGAUUGCCAGGAUUUCCUGGACCUCAUGGGGAGAAGGGAUUGCCUGGGUUUCCUGGGCUUCCUGGAAAAGAUGGCCUGCCUGGGAAGGCUGGCAGUCCAGGUUUACCAGGUUCCAAGGGAGCCACUGGUGAUAUCUUUGGUGCUGAAAAUGGUGCUUCCGGGGAGCAAGGACUACAGGGAUUGCCAGGGGACAAAGGAUUUCCUGGAGACUCUGGCCUUUCAGGGCCCAUGGGUUUGACUGGGAAGUCUGGUAUGCAAGGCCCCAAAGGUGAGAGGGGCAACCCUGGAACAUCAGGACCACCGGGAGAGCCAGGACUCUCAGGGUCUAGUGAUGCAUUUGGUGUCAAGGGCACAUCUGGACUCCAAGGAGCACCAGGCCUUCCUGGCAUCUCAGGGAAGCCUGGAAAGAAGGGCCAAAGAGGAGACAUAGGUCAACCUGGGUCAACCGGAAAACGAGGUCUACCCGGGAUCAAAGGCCUUCCUGGUUCUCAAGGGUCAGCUGGUUUCCUGGGAAGCCCGGGUUUGCCAGGAGUCACUGGGUUGCCAGGCAUCCCAGGCCAAAAGGGUGAAAAGGGGCCCUCUGGGCCAGCAGGAUUUCCUGGCUUACCUGGCCUUCCCGGUAUCCCUGGGGCUGAUGGAUUAAAGGGAUCUUCCGGUUCAUUUGGAAAGGUGGGACAACCUGGACAGGCUGGUACUCCAGGUGAAAAAGGAGACAGAGGGGAUCCAGGGUCAGUUGGCGCAACCAGUCCAAGACCUCCAAUGCUGAACCUUUGGUUCAAAGGAGAAAAAGGCUCUCGAGGUUCUGCUGGAUCAAUUGGAUUUCCUGGGCCCAGAGGUGAAAAAGGAGAGUCUGGCAUCCCAGGGUUACCAGGUCCACCUGGAGCUCCUGGCCAGUCCAGUAUCAUCAAAGGACUCAGUGGGAGGCAAGGUGCCCCCGGAUCUGUGGGAAGAAGCGGCUUACCUGGCCUGAAGGGGUCCCUGGGGAUCACAGGUUUCCCAGGAUUGCCAGGAAAAAGUGGUUCACAGGGUCGCACUGGAACUUCUGGCCCACUGGGAGCAACUGGUAUCCCAGGUUUAAAAGGAGAUCAAGGCCAAACACUUGGCAUUUCUGGAAGCCCCGGACCCAAGGGACAGCCUGGUGAAUUAGGUUUUAAAGGUGUUAAAGGAAAAGAUGGGCUAGUUGGUGACAGAGGUUACCCAGGAAACAAAGGCGAUGAUGGAAAAGUUGGUAUUGCUGGAGAUCCUGGCCUUCCUGGGUCUCCAGGACUUCAAGGGAUUUCGGGUAUGAGAGGAGACCCAGGCCUCCCAGGUUCCCCUGGCCAUCUGGGGUCAAUUGGCCACCCUGGACUCUCUGGCUUAAUAGGACCUAAAGGAUUCUCUGGACCUCCUGGUUUACAUGGACUGAAUGGACUUCCAGGUACCAAGGGUACCCAUGGCACUCCAGGAGCCAGCAUCACCGGUGUUCCUGGGCCUGCUGGCCUGCCUGGUCCCAAAGGGGAAAAGGGAAUACCAGGAAUCAUCAUCGGAGAUCCAGGAAAACAAGGUUCAAGGGGAAAAAAAGGUGACCGAGGUUUCCCAGGUCUCCAAGGUCCUGCUGGUCCCCCUGGAGCCCCAGGCAUCUCCUUGCCCUCAGUCAUAGCAGGACAGCCUGGUGACCCUGGGCGGCCAGGCCUAGAUGGAGAACGAGGCCGCCCAGGCCUUCCAGGACCUCCAGGUCCCCCUGGCCCAUCCUCAGACCAAGGUGACACUGGAGAGGCUGGCUUCCCUGGAAUUCCAGGCCUUCAAGGGCUCAAGGGAAAACAAGGACUUCCAGGUUUCUCUGGCCUCUCUGGAGACCUAGGGCUGAAAGGCAUGAAAGGAGAGCCUGGCCUCAUGGGGACUCCUGGCAAGGUUGGGCCACCAGGAGACCCAGGAUUUCCUGGGAUGAAGGGGAAGGCAGGGCCAAGAGGCUUUCCAGGCCCCCAGGGUGUGCCAGGACACACACCAAUUUCCGAAGCUAUUCAGGCUCCUCCAGGACUUUUGGGUCUUCCAGGCAUUGACGGUAUCCCUGGCCUCACAGGAGACCCUGGGCCUCAAGGCUCUGUGGGUCCACAAGGUUCUAAAGGUCUACCUGGCAUUCCUGGCAAGGAUGGACCCAGUGGGCUUCCAGGCUCACCUGGAAUCCUAGGUGAUCCUGGUCUCCCUGGACUACAAGGACCUCCGGGAUUUGAAGGUGCUCCAGGGCAGCAGGGUCCCUUUGGGAGACCUGGAAUGCCAGGGCACAGUGUGCAAGUGGGCUACACACUGGUCAAACACAGUCAGUCAGAACAGGUGCCGCUAUGCCCCAUAGGGAUGAGCCGGCUGUGGGUGGGUUACAGCUUACUGUUCGUGGAGGGGCAGGAGAAAGCCCAUAACCAGGACCUGGGGUUUGCUGGCUCCUGCCUGCCCCGAUUCAGCACCAUGCCAUUCAUCUAUUGCAACAUCAAUGAAGUGUGCCACUAUGCCAGACGCAAUGAUAAGUCCUACUGGCUCUCCACGACUGCCCCCAUUCCCAUGAUGCCUGUGGGUCAGAGCCAGAUUCCCCAGUACAUCAGCCGCUGCUCUGUUUGUGAGGCACCCUCGCAAGCCAUUGCUGUGCACAGCCAAGACAUCACCAUCCCACAGUGCCCUUUGGGCUGGCGCAGCCUCUGGAUCGGUUACUCCUUCCUCAUGCACACUGCUGCCGGGGCUGAGGGCGGAGGCCAGUCCCUCGUCUCCCCUGGCUCCUGCCUUGAGGACUUCCGGGCCACUCCUUUCAUUGAGUGCAGCGGUGCCCGUGGCACCUGCCACUACUUUGCCAACAAGUAUAGUUUCUGGCUAACCGCAGUGGAGGAGAGACGGCAGUUCUGGGAAGAGCCUGUUUCGGAAACACUGAAAACCGGGCAGCUCCACACCAGGGUGAGCCGCUGCCAGGUGUGCAUGAAACACCUGUAGGGUGUUGUCUGUCAUACGGCCCCUGCCCUCCCUACCCCCUCACAACAGUCACCUCACAAAUCUGGGCUGUCUGAGAAAGGAAGGCCUGAACCCAUUUGCCUGUCAAAUUGUACAUCAGAGUCUCAUUUGGACUGGACUACUGGACACUGGGCAUCCCAACCCUCAGGCCCAACAGAUGAGCCCACUGUGCUAGGAUUCGCAGCUCUAUGUUCAUCAAUCUGCUGCUAAUGUUCCAUUUGGACAUGUGUGUGAUUAUCCAUGGUUACCUCAGAAAGAUGUGCUGGACCGCCAUUUUCAAAGACUGCUAGAGUUCUCACUGCCUUGACCAGGAAGCUCUUUAUCACAGCUAAGUUAUUUCUUUAUGAUGAGAUGUCACCACACAUUAUUUGACUUAAACUAGAACUCAGGCUUUCCACCCUAAAAGUAUGGCUCUGGCUGAACAUUACGGACAGCUCAGGUCUGCCUAGGGCUAGCCCUGCCUACUUAAGGCAGCCUGCUGUAUCUAGGCAGGCAGUAGAAUUGAGAUGAGGAGCCAGCCAGAACUGAGCUGUGAUUCCUUUUAGAGUUUGUUAAUUCCAUGCCCUGUCUUGACUAGGAAAAGCUGAAAUACCAGCAUUUGGUCCUAGACAAACCACUGCCUCCUGACUGGAUCUCUCCACAGCCAAAGAGAUGGACAACUUGAUCUGGUCCAAAGUAGAACAAAGGAUGCAGUAAACGUGACCAAGUUCUCAGUAGGAAAUGAGAACCACUUCUCUUUCUUCUUGGCUUAGGGCAGAGGGAUGAAUAGAUAUGGAACUGUCAGUUUUGCUUUUAACUCCAGGAACAAAAAGGUAAAUCUCAUGUCCCCAUUUCUCAGAAAUCCCUUAUUACUCCAAAUGCCACCCAGAUCUAUGCAGGGUGGCAAACUGAGGCUGCAGUGAGUUGGCUCCUUGCAUUCUGAGGCUGUUCAAGACUUUCCAAUGAAAAUGGCCGGCCAUCCAACUACUCUUUCACAGGUAGCCUUUUAAACUAUUUGCAAGUUUUUUUUCCCCAAAAUCACAUAAAAAUCCAGCACACACCACUGUUAGCAGACCCAAGGCACAGUCUGAGUUGCCCAUGAGGUAUACUUUGCCCAUACUACCUGCUGUUUGAAGUGAUCUAUUUUAAUUAGCAGUUGCCUAGAACACACUCAGUUCCGUGGACACGAAGCACUCCCUUCCGGGUGAUUGCACUUCUUUGGGUACUAUAUAAACUGUGCCCACACAAGCAAAGCAUAACUAGUAUAAUCUGAGCUGUUGUCAUUAUCACCUCCUACAUAAGUAAAGGAUGGUGUUAGCUUUGUACAUAGCAAAUAAAA